AUGGCUUCUUUCUCAUUAUCCUCGCUCUCCAUCGACAACAGACCAGUCACCAUCCCCGACGGGUUUCCCGAAGAGCUCAAACUGAUGAUCUUGCACAAAGCCAGCGACGAAUCCGAGAUAAUCAAGGUCACCGUUGUACGACACAUCCAGCAGAACAAGACGAGAAGCUCCAAGACAAUUCGCGGAGUCGUUGUUCAAGCAGGUUUCACGUCCACAUACAAAACAACCUCUGUUUCUGUCAAUCCCGACGGCACUGAAUUCACUCGCAAUGACGGUCAUCAAUACCAACGCUCCGGUCUCGCAUUUGCUAGCCAUUUGACUCGCUCCAUCUACCUCAAGAGCAAACCAGCUUACCUCAAUCACAACAAUGGGCAAAAGAUAUUCUUCAACCCGGAUACUGAUAAGAUCUACUUCCCCGAUAUCACCCGCUUCAAUCUGCACCAACGACGCCAGAGGCUCCGACCCCAGAUCGACUAUCUCACUGGUGGCACAAGCAUCAGCACGGUCAUAUUUGACAAGCAGACUGAUAACAAUCGGGUCAGAAAUCUCCUCCCACCAAUUGUCGGCACCUUCUUGAGAACUAUCAAGCAGAUCGAGCAGGGUAUUACCUUCCUGAACGAGAAAACCGCAGAUUGGAAGGAGGAGGUCCAGGAGGAGCAUGAGAGGUUGGUUCAUGAGGUUGACAGGGCUGAUGUCUGUCUGAACCUGGAUGCGAGACUCUGCAAAAAGGUCAAUGGGGUUCAGUUUGCGUCGGGUGUGAAGAUCCUGCGGUUUCCGAACUUGGAGGAAGAUGCAUAAGGGGUGGGCAAUGUUUAGUACAUGCACAUCCAGAACAGUGAGAUGAGGUUUAGCAAUGUCUGGAGGGAGGUGCAUGAGGAGUGGACAACGUUCAGUACAUACACAACCAGAACAGUGAGAUGAGGUUUGGCAAUGUGCAGAUGGACUUGAGACAACGAGAAAAGUGGGUUUCUCAGUGCGCUCAAUCAGGGUAUCAUAUUUGCAGACAGCAGGAAU